GUGUAAGGACAGCAAUAUGUACAAUGAGAUGAUUUCAGAGGGCCAGCCUUUCCCUGUCAACUGCACAUACCCCCCAGUAACAAAUGGGGCAGUAAAUGUGACAUGGUAUAAAACACCUAGCAGAAGCCCAAUAUCCAACAACAGACACCUCAGAAUUCACCAGGAGCAGACCUGGAUUUUGUUUCUUCCAUUGGCACUGGAGGACUCGGGCAUCUACCAGUGUGUUAUAAGGAGUGACCACAGCUGCUACCAAAUAGCUGUGAACCUAACCGUUUUCAAAAAACCCUGGUGUGACUCUUCCAUGGAGGAGAGUCCCAAAAAUUCACCAGAUGUGUAUCAGCAAUCGUUAACCAUAGGGAAAUCGGGCAGUCUGAUGUGCCAUCUCUACUUCCCAGAAAGUUGUGCUUUGGAUUCAAUAAAGUGGUAUAAGGGUUGUAAAGAGAUUAAAGCAGGGAAGAAGUAUAGCCCUUCGGGAACAAGGCUGCUUGUGAACAACGUUGCUGUGGAGGACAGUGGGAGCUAUGCCUGCUCAGCCAGACUCACACACUUGGGGAGACACUUCAUGAUUAGAAACGACAUUGCUGUGAACACCAAGGAAGUUUCACCUGGAGGAAGGAUCCCUAACAUCAUAUAUCCAAAAAACAACUCCAUUGAAGUUCAACUUGGCUCCACCCUCAUAGUGGACUGCAAUAUAACAGACAUGAAGGAGAAUACAAACCUGCGGUGCUGGAGAGUCAACAACACCCUGGUGGAUGACUACUACAAAGACUCCAAACGCAUACGGGAAGGAAUCGAAACCAAUGUGUCUUUGAGGGAUUACAUUCUGUACACAGUGAACAUAACAUUCUCAGAAGUGAAAAUGGAGGACUAUGGCCGUCCUUUCACGUGCCAUGCUGGAGUGUCUGCAGCCUAUAUCAUCCUGAAACACCCAGCUCCAGACUUCCGGCCUUACCUCCUAGGCGGGAUCAUGGCUUUCCUACUUCUGGUUGUAUCUGCUCUGUGCAUCUACCACAGCUUUAAGAUCGACAUCGUGCUUUGGUACAGAAGCGCCUUCCACACUGCCCAGGCUCCAGACGACGAGAAGCUGUAUGACGCCUACGUCUUAUACCCCAAGUACCCGAGAGAAAGCCAGGGCCCUGAUGUGGACACGCUGGUGUUGAAGGUCUUGCCUGAGGUGCUGGAGAAACAGUGUGGAUAUAAGUUAUUUAUAUUUGGCAGGGAUGAAUUCCCUGGACAAGCUGUGGCCAGCGUCAUUGAUGACAACAUUAAGCUGUGUAGGAGACUGAUGGUCCUUGUGGCACCAGAGUCAUCCAGCUUCGGCUUUCUAAAGAAUUUGUCAGAAGAACAAAUUGCUGUCUACAAUGCCCUCAUCCAGCAUGGCAUGAAGGUCAUUCUGAUCGAACUGGAGAAAGUCAAGGACUACAGCACCAUGCCCGAGUCCAUUCAGUACAUCCGGCAGAAGCAUGGGGCUAUCCAGUGGGAGGGGGGCUUCACGGAGCAGUCACAGUGCGCUAAGACCAAGUUCUGGAAGAAAGUGAGAUACCAUAUGCCACCCAGGAGGUAUCCGCCAUCUUCCCCGGUCCAGCUGCUGGGACACACGCCCUGCGAUUGCAGGGCAGGCAAGUGCAAUGCUGCCACAGGGCUUAUAACUCCCUGAGAGUCGUUAGUGUGUGGUGGCUCACACUACAUCUCUCUGAAUUGUCUACCCCUGUAGCUCGCUCUUUUGUGCUUAUGAGUGACCUUGUUCUUGCCCUUGUGGUUUUUUUAUUUGUUUUGUUCGUUUGUUGGAUACUUUUAAUCAUAGCUGAUUGCUAUUACUCCUGUUUGCUUCAUGAUUCCUGGACAGCUGUAUGCUCCCCUGAGCAUGGGGCGGCUAUAGCGUUGGGUCUCCAUGUCAGCGGGAUUCUGAGGAUGUCAGAUCAGGUGGCCAGGAGGCUUGGUCCUGGUUUGAGAUGGGAGGCUGGACAGUCUGAGGAUGCCAAGUGGGCAGCCUUGGGGAAGACCAGCAAAGACAGUAGUACAAUGUCUGUGUUUGUGCAGGGCCUACCAGGCUCUGGUCCUCCUGCAGUGCAGACUGAAUCUCCCUCAUUCUACUGCAUUUACAUAAAUAAAUCCCACUUUUUCCAUUGUGGGAACAGGACCGAGUACUGGGGGUUUAGGGGAGAAAGGGGUGAUGGAGUCAUUAGAUGAAUCCUGGGAAACCAGACCCAGGAGAGCAUCAGGGUGCAGAUCUGAGUUUAUUAUACAGCGUUCGAGCCAAUCCCAAGCCCCUAAACCGUCCGCCAAUUGUAUCUCGCCACAUCAUCAUCAUGCCCCAAUGAAAGCCUUGCCUGAUGAGGUAACUCGAAAGGAGUGUGGGGUGAGGAGCAUCAUCACCUGUUAGGACUUCCAUGGAGAUGGAGGAAGCAGCCACUCAUGAGCUCACGGAGGGUCCCUUCAGUCACAGGCGUGCAUGUGCGGCUUUUCACUCUCUUUGCCCCAUGGGCAUUGUAACCCCUUACAGAGGAUUUGGGGUUAAGGUACAGUAAGGUGUUCAUUGCUUCCAAAGGUGUCACCCACUCGUUCCUUCUUCUGUCUUCCUCACAAGCAUGGCGUUUUGCUUCUGGUUGAUUUGCUGGGAAUUGUCAGCAGUACUAGGGAUGGGUCUGACUAAUGGACUCGGCCUUUCUUCUUUGGAGCCCAGGACACAGUGCUUGCCUAGUAGGUCCUGGACACACCAGGUGGUUCCACUCCGCUAGAUGGUAACUUUUUUUAUCUGAGUGGCCAACAUGGGGUCCUUUUGUGAGGAGGUGGCGACAUCUCUCCCCAUUUAGACUUGGACUCUUACUUCCCUGCUCAUUUCCCUCUGAAAGAUUCAGAAGGCUAUGUCAGGAGCAGGGAGACAUCAUCCUGUGUCUUCUCUACUAGGCUCCUUGACACACGUGUGGCCACUAAUUUUAGAAAAUGUGUUUUCUAGAGAUGUUGUGUUCAUUUCCAUUGUUCUGGCCACUUGUGGGGACAUUAGCUGAGGCUAUUGUCAGAAAGGAAAGUUAACUCAUUUGAAGUAAAUAUUUUCUGCAAGUCUCUGAUUUCUGUGAGGCCAAUGGUGCUGACAUUUUUCAAACUGAAUUCUCUUUUACAGUCAGAAAGCGUUCCUCUUGCCAAUGUGUCUUAAUUUUCCUUUUGCUUAAACUUAUUGCAGGUAUAUUAUGAAU